AAAUUUUCAAAAGUAGUAUUGCAUAAUAAUUUUAAAAUUAUACAUUUGCCGAAAGAACGCGCGUUGUACCUAUUUAACGUUCAAUUGAAAUUGUGGCGGAAAAACGGGUCAACGGCAAGUAAUCAGCAUAAAAAAUUUGUCGGAACAAAUAAUGCGAAUACGAUAAGAUAACAUCGAUGUUACCAACACAUUUAAUGUCUCUCCAUGGUAUUUUCACGCAAAAAAGAAAAACUAUGGCGUUAUGCGUCAGAAAAUAUGCAAUUUGCAGCAAAUGCGGAUGGGACGAACAAUCAGCCACCACAGCCGCAUCGCCUUCAACCUCAACGCCUCCCUCAAUACCAUCAAGAACAACAGUUGAUACAACAAUCCAGACAGUCAUACAGAAAUUGUUGCUUAAAUUCGAACAGUUCGCCAUUGGCGAUAGUGUCGAAUAUAUCACAACACCGCCAACAACAGUCAAAUACUCCCCUGCCACCAUAUUCAUCCGGGCCUUAUGGAAUGGACUGCUCCGGAUCAUCCGAAGUUCAUGCCGAUUACCUUAUGUCGUUUCGUCAGCAAUCACAAUACACAACGGAUGCGGAAACGGAAAUUUCUGCAUCAGCAACGGAAUCAGAAGAUCAAAUAGCAGCAAAUUACAAAAUAACUGGCUGCGAAUACGAAAACUAUGGCGACAAUAUGUCCGUCGACAUAUGCGAACAAUCCGACAACAGCAGUUAUUAUCAACUAAGUCAAAAAUUACAGGAACAGGAACAGCAACAACAAUUACAACAACAGCAACUACUACAACAGCAACAACAACAACAACAACAACAACUACAACAAGUACGUCGUCCAACACUGACCAGUCAAACUUCGGCAGUUAUAACAUCGACUGUAACAACAAUUGCAACGACCGCUUCGAAUUUGGUGCGGAAUUGUUGUGGAGGCGUAUUUUCGUCACAAUCGCGUAUCGAUAUAACAUGCCCGAACAACAACAAUGCCAGCAACAACAAUAUGAAAAAUCGUUACGAACAACGGCAUCGCAUGGGAACUCUAACCAAAAAGUCUGCUCUCACUUCAACGACUAUGGCCAAAGAGUAUUUCAAUGCUCUGUUAAAGAACAUGAAAAAAAGUCAAAUAUCGGCAUUGCUGACAGCAGUCACGAGUCGUCGAUCCGAUCAAUCGAUAUUAACAUCGGACGCGAGAAAUCGUUUAGCCGUGCACCAGCAAUGUAUUCUGGUAAAACGUGGUCUUAUUAUCGACGAAGAACCGUUCGUAGUCGUGUGUGCGCUUUUUCUUUGGCAAAAUUUAAGAGACGCAUCCGAACUGAAACGCUUGCCAAUAUGUCCAACAGAGUGCGAUCCCGUCUAUGUGUGUUGCAAUCCGUUGCAUUGGUUUCGGAUUACAGAAACAACAGGUUAA